AUCGUCCGGCGGCAGCAGCCAUGGGGAGCGGGAGCGUCCCGGCGGCGGGGGCCGUGCUGGUGGCACUGCUGGCGCUGGGAGCCCGGCCGGCCGCCGGCACGCGGCCCUCGGCGUUCUUCUUCUACGGUAAGAUAGGUGAGUGCCACUACCUGAACGGCACCGAGCGGGUGAGGUUUCUGGACAGGCAAAUCUACAACCGGCAGCAGUUCGCGCACUUCGACAGCGACGUGGGGAAAUUUGUGGCCGAUACACCGCUGGGUGAGCGUCAAGCUGAAUACUGGAACAGCAACGCCGAGCUUCUGGAGAACCUAAUGAAUGAAGUGGACAGGGUCUGCCGGCACAACUACGGGAUUCUGGAGUCCUUCACGGUGCAGAGGAGCGUGGAGCCCAAGGUGAGGGUCUCGGCGCUGCAGUCGGGCUCCCUGCCCGAAACCGACCGUCUGGCGUGCUACGUGACGGGCUUCUACCCGCCGGAGAUCGAGGUGAAGUGGUUCCUGAACGGGCGGGAGGAGACGGAGCGCGUGGUGUCCACGGACGUGAUGCAGAACGGGGACUGGACGUACCAGGUGCUGGUGGUGCUGGAGACCGUCCCGCGGCGCGGGGACAGCUACGUGUGCCGGGUGGAGCACGCCAGCCUGCGGCAGCCCAUCAGCCAGGCGUGGGAGCCGCCGGCGGACGCGGGCAGGAGCAAGCUGCUGACGGGCGUGGGGGGCUUCGUGCUGGGGCUCGUCUUCCUGGCGCUGGGGCUCUUCGUGUUCCUGCGCGGUCAGAAAGGGCGCCCCGUCGCCGCCGCUCCAGGGAUGCUGAAUUAGCUGCUGCCCCGCCGAGCCGCUGCACCCGCACCCCCCGCUCUCCCGGCCGUCGCCUCGGCUCUCCCUCGGGCUGCCACCGCGUCCGUUGGAGAUGUCGCCACGAUGCACGCUUCGUCCCCAUCCUAAUAAACGCGCUGACUUUGA